AUGUCUUUCGUGAAAUGUUGUUUUGAAGCUGGCGAAGGUCACGACUUUUUGGACUCCUUCGUGCAAAAAUGUACGGAUCCAGGCUGUUGCUGCGGCUGUUGCUCCGCGCUCCGGCCUCGCUACAAGAGGUUGGUGGACAACAUCUUCCCGGCGAUACCACAAGAUGGCCUCGUCAAGACCAACAUGGAGAAACUUACCUUCUACUCCUUGUCCAGUCCUGAGAAGCUUGAUAGGAUCGGAGAGUAUCUGUUUCAGAAGGCCUCCAGAGAUAUUUAUAGAAGACGACAUGGGUUCGUGAUAAUAGCAAUGGAGGCGAUGGACCAGCUGCUAGUGGCAUGUCACUCGCAGACGCUGAACCUGUUCGUGGAGAGCUUCCUUAAGAUGGUGCAGAAGUUGCUGGAGUCCACCGACCCACAGCUGCAGAUACUUGCUACACAAAGUUUCGUCAGAUUCGCGAACAUAGAAGAAGACACCCCGUCGUACCACCGGCGCUACGAUUUCUUCGUGUCUAAAUUCUCAGCGAUGUGUCACAGCAACCACAUCGACAAGCCGACAAGAGAUAGUAUACGACUCGCCGGUAUACAAGGACUGCAGGGUGUGAUCAGAAAGACGGUGUCGGAUGAUUUGGUGGAGAACAUCUGGGAGGCACAACAUAUGGACAAGAUCGUGCCCUCGCUGCUUUACAAUAUGCAGACUGCUGAGAAAUACGACACGGUGCUAUGCAUGGAAGGCGGCGCGGGAGAGGAACAACCGGCGCGGUUAGCCGAGGCGUGUCUCAGGGAACUCGUGGGGAGAGCGUCCUUUGGACAUAUACGCAGCGUACUGCGACCUGUGCUCACUCACUUCGACCGACACGAGUUGUGGAUACCGAACGACUUCGCAGUACACACCUUCAAGAUCAUCAUGUUCUCUAUACAGGCGCAGUACUCGUACAGCGUGGUGGAGGCACUGAUGCAGCACCUGGACGCGGGCGGGAACAGGAGCGGGGACGCGCGGGACUACACGCGCGUGCGGGCCGCGCGGGCCGCCGUACUCAGCAACAUAGUCGCCAUCGCGGCCGCCGACAGCGUCGGACCAUCAGUAUUGGAGAUCAUCAACAAUCUACUGACUAAUUUGCGCGCGUCCGUCGCUAGAGAUUCAGAAAAAGAAACCGACGAGAAGUUGUACCAAGAAGCUUUGAUCAACGCUUUGGGAGAGUUCGCGGACCACUUACCCGACUUCCAGAAGAUAGAUAUUAUGAUGUUCAUCAUCAAUAAGGUGCCGAGCAGUCAGCGCGCCAUCAAGGGAACUAAAGCUGAUGCCAUGCUGCAGAGCAUCUUGCUCAAGUCUUUACUCAAGGUGGGUACGACAUACCGUACAGUGGAGCUGAGCAAGGCAUUCCCGGCCGCAUUCCUUGAAGCAUUGCUCCGACUGGGCGGCGGCGCCGGGCCGCGCGCUAGGACCACGCUGCAACGUAUACUGCAUACUUUGUUGGACAGGAGAGACAACGCGCCACGACUCGCUUCACCCACUGUGGAGGUAUGCGAGCUAGGCCUGAUAGUGGAGAAGUGUUCCCGACAGGAUCUCAUCUUCUUUAGCAAGCACGGGUAUGCUCUAUUCAGCUCGCUCUAUGAAGGUCUGCAACUAGAAUCGAAUACAAUGGAGAACGUGGAAGCGAUCUACACCACACUAGCGCUCAUUUGCAUCGAGCUAGCUUCUGAGGAGACGGUCUGCGAUAUCAUGCAACUUAUAUUGGCUAUUCAACAAUCGAGUCUAUCGAACCCGGUACUGUCAGUGGCUCAGCAAUGUCAACUGCAAGCAAUCAGCAUCUCCCUGGCAGCACUACUGCCGCAUGUCAUGAUGCUCACCCGCCUCACUGACUAUAUCAACAAGAUAAUUGCGGCCCGGCGCGAAGAUGCUCCACACCUAUUGCCUCCGCUGCAGGAAGACUAUGAUGACCUGCCUCCUGCCAAGAUGCCUAACAAACUGCCUUACCUUAUGAUGGAUCAGAUGGCACUAUGCGACCUGCUAAAGGCCCACGGAGUGGACGCGACGCGCCUGUCUUCUUCAUCCCCGUACACCGCCGGGAACAUAGCCCUGCCACAUCGACACAGCUGGGUCGAGGCCGGCGCAGCUCAAGGUCGCGAUAGUCUGGCAGAGAUCACAGCGCCUGGCACUGAACUGGACAGUGCCAACAGCUCGCCCGGAGUACAACGGGCCAACGGCGUGUCGUCGUGUGUGAGCCUGGAGGCGCUCCGCCGCGCGGCGGGCGGGCCCAGCGCCGCCGAGCGACGCGACGCCGAGCGACGGCGCGCCACGCUCAACAACGCAUUCCGCACCGCGCCCUUCGACCAUCUACUGCAUAUUACUCAACCUAAGUACGAGAUCAAGGACAAGUUGGAGGAGAUCUUCAACUCAAUAAGUGAGGAGCCGCUCCUCCCCGGCUCGGGCGCGUGUUCCCCCGCCGCACACAAGUCCUACACCAGCGCAGUGCCGCCAUACACCAAGUACUUCCCGGAGCUGUUCCUCUACUGA